UGCUGCACGCAGGUGGUGCUCGUGCCCGUAAUGGCGUAUGACGGUUGACAGGUCACGAGCGAAACGCGCACGGGGUGCUCGAGUUUUCGCGUAUUCGCAAGACCCGGCUGGCGAUUUGAGUGUCGCGGCGCGUGUGUACGUGUGUCGGACGUCCGCGGUAAGAUGACCGCGUCGACUGGCGUGCUGCCGUCGUACCAGCGCUUCGCGAACGGCGCGGUGCCGGUGUCGUUGUUCCCGAGGCGUUCGUUCCGCCCGCGCGAGAAGUACCUGAUCCUCCUGGUAUUCCUGACAUUCGGCGUCGUAUGCUUCGGCACGUUCUUCUUUCUGCCGGACUUCCGCACCGGCGGUGCCGCCGUUAACAGUGUCGUGAACCGCGUGUACCAACGGAUGCAGCAAGCUGGACCAGAGCUGUUGCUGCCGGUGCCACCGCGCGCCUCCGGCGACGUCAAAGAUUCGCGCUCGUCCGCGGCCGGACACCCGAACGCGGUGCCACCCGGCCACGAGGGAAGCGAUCAUCAGGACGUGCAUCUCGUGGAGGACAAGCAGAAGUUGCAGGCGAAGAUCGAUGAGGAGUAUCAGCAACAAAAGACACUAGAAAAACCGGAUAUGGGUGAAUUGCGAGUACGUACAAGUAGUUCGUCAUCGUUGCACAAGGAAGAAACAGUUUUAGUGACAGUGCCACCAGCACCCGCGGAUAAACUGCCAAUUGUUGUUGGUGGGGAAGAUAAGGAUCACAUCGCCAGGCAGCGAAGGGAUAAAGUGAGAGAGAUGAUGAAACACGGCUGGGACAACUACGUAAGAUACGCAUGGGGGAAAAACGAAUUAAGACCAAUCUCGAAGAGAGGUCACAGUGCUAGCAUCUUCGGGGCUUCAAACAUGGGCGCGACGAUCGUCGAUGGAUUGGACACUCUUUACAUCAUGGGUCUCCACGACGAGUUCAAGCAAGGACGAGAUUGGAUCGCCGAAAAUCUGGAUUUCGAUAUCAACUCUGAGAUAUCGCUAUUUGAGACGAAUAUACGUUUCAUGGGAAGUCUGCUCGCCUGUUACGCUCUCACGGGAGAUGUAAUGUUCCGGGAUAAGGCGGCGCAGCUCGGCGAACGGAUGCUGCCUGCCUUCCAGACGGAAACCGGAAUUCCUCAUUCCCUCAUCAACCUCCAUACCGGGGCCAGCAAGAAUUACGGUUGGGCGAGCAGCGGCUGCAGUAUUUUAUCCGAAAUCGGAACGAUGCAUCUUGAGUUUACCUACCUGAGCGAUAUAACGAAUAAUCCAGUGUUCAAGAGCAAAGUUGAGAACGUGAGGAAGGUCCUGAAGAGCCUGGACAAGCCAAAGGGUCUAUAUCCGAAUUACAUCCAUCCAAGAACAGGAAAAUGGGGUCAACAUCAUAUGUCGCUGGGCGGACUGGGCGACAGUUUCUACGAGUAUCUGCUGAAGGCCUGGAUCCAGUCGGGCAAGGAAGACGUCGAGGCACGUCAAAUGUACGACGAGGCUGUAGCCGCCAUAACUGAGCACAUGAUCAAAACGUCUCCCGGCAAACUUGUAUACGUGUCCGACCUGAAGUACGACAGGCUCGAGCACAAAAUGGGUCACUUGGCUUGCUUCGCCGGCGGUAUGUUUGCUCUGGGCGCAAAAACUCUGGAAAACGAGUUGUCUGACAAAUACAUGAACAUCGCCGCCGGCCUGACCAACACAUGUCACGAGUCCUAUGACAGAAGUGCUACGAAACUCGGCCCGGAAGCUUUCCACUUUAUCGAAGGUAACGAGGCCAGAAGCCUGAAGAACGGCGAAAAAUAUUACAUUCUACGACCCGAGACCUUUGAGUCUUACUUCGUGAUGUGGCGGUUAACGAAGGAUCCGAAAUAUCGUGAAUGGGGCUGGGAAGCGGUUCAAGCACUGGAGAAACAUUGCCGGGUGCCCGGAGGAUUCACAGGACUUAACAAUGUUUACCUGGUCGACUCGGCAAAAGACGACGUCCAACAAAGUUACUUCUUCGCUGAAACAUUAAAGUAUCUCUAUUUGCUCUUCAGCGAUGAUGAUCUCAUAAGUCUGGACGAUUGGGUAUUCAACUCCGAGGCUCAUGUGCUUCCGAUCAGGGGCAAUCCUCUCUACCGUCCAGCACCCCCUUUAUAAGCUGGAUAAGUUUACAAUUUAAAAGAUACCGACAAUUCUCGCUCGACAGCGAUGGAACCGACAACACACACAGUGGAUCAGAAUUACAAAGCGAUUAAAUACUUACUUUGUAUUGACAUUGUAUUUUUCGUGAAAUGUUGUUACAUAUUACGUAAAUGAUAAGAGCAGAUUUUACAAUGCGAGACGAGACAGGAAUGUCGCUAUAUUCAAAUUUGUUUUUCUAUUUUCUGUCAUUCACGUUACUUUACAAAAACUAUAAUUUGAUAAUUAAUCAGUAAUUUUUAUAAUUAUUUGAUGCACCUAAUCGACUCAUUGUGUAAAAUAAUCGACUUACGAAUUACUCAGAAUAAAAAAAAUUAGUCUGCCCCUCAACUCCAUUGCGUGUAGCGUGAACGAUUUUAAAUUAAAAUAGCUAAAUCAUUAUUUUAAGUAAAACGAAAGAGAGAAAAUGACGGAGAGAAAGAGAAAGUGCGCGAGGUAGACGAAAGUGAGGAAAGCGGAAUGAAAAUGUUAACGAAUGUUAGUUAAGCCACACGUAAUUUGUAAAUAGUAAAAAUAAAGAGCGAGAAUGAAAAAAACGAACUGGAUCACUGUUGAGGCAGGAGAAAAUGUUGCGAGAAUGUGAAUGUUUCGCCCAUUUCCUUCUCUAGCUGCAACGCAAGACGAUCUAUCCUCACUUAAAUACGUAUACAUGACAUUGUAGCAGUACAUUCUUAACAUUUGUUACGUUUUCAGAAGAAUACACGACAGAAGAGCCAAUAAUUUAGCCGCAUUUCUUUUCUUUUUCGUCAGUUUGCUCUGAAAAACGAAUACUCUGCCAGAAAUACGCGAAGAAGCGUUUUAUUAAGACUGGAAAUUUUGUGACAUUCUAUCUUAGGGAAAGAAGGAAUUACAUUAAAACAAUAAAUUAAAUUAUUGAUAACGUUCUCACGAUAUAAAUAUCAUAAAUGUUUUCGUCGACGUCUUUUGAAACGUUAAAUCUUGACGAGUUUUAUUGCACGUACGAAUAGCCAAAUACACUAUAAAUUAUCAUUGUUAAUUGAAGCUAUGUAUGAACUGCUUUUAUACAGCCGAUUAAAUAAUUCGUAUCAGUGACAACAAUCACGAUCCGAACUUUAUAUUGUUUUAUAUUACUAAAACUUUGAAAAUGAAACUGUCAGUCAAUAAAAGAAUGAAAAAAAAGAAAAAUAGCGAUAAACGUUUAGUCAAAAACAGCCAUCGAACGGUUCGCCAUCGGUUUUAAAAAUACCCCGUACAACGUUUUGCAACAUUAAUGUUUUACGUCUCUUUCUACAAUUUUUAUCGGCGUCCUUCAAAAAGAUUUGGACCAUCCGGCAAUUUUACUCUACCUAGUUCCAUCUCCCCAACCUUUAGAAUUUUUUAAUAAAAAGAAGAAGAACAAAAAGUACACAAACCAACUGUCACUCUCACGACUGCGGUGCGUGAAUGCGUGCUUUUUGUAUGGUGAGCACAUUGAAAUAAAAUAAAAAAAUAACAAAGCGGAAACUCGGAGAGGGUGCAGAUCGAGUGAACAAGUGCGGUCGCGCGUUUGCAACGAACAGCAGCGGCAAUCAGCAUGUUGCGAGUCAGUCGAAUAUCAUAGUUAUAAAGUAAUGUAGCAGCCGAUUUAACUAGCAAAGUCUGUAAUGAGAGGUAGACGUGUAUAUAAAGAUUACACAAGAAAGUCAUAUUCUAUACGAGGAGUGCGAGGUAGAGUGAAUUUUAGGGGAAACACAAUAUUCUAAUGGCGCUUACCGUACUGAACGCAAAGGUACUGAUUCGUCCUAAUCAGAUUCCGCAAGAGAAACGAUUUGGAGCAGCAAAAUGUGCGUCUCAAAGACACACAUUCUCCCAAUCUUCAGGAUCAAAUUUACAUUUGUAAUCGUAAUUGUACGAUUAUGAGUGAGGAGGUGUUUCUGGCAGCGGCACGAUACCAUUUAUCACAACUUUCAUAAUUAAACUACUGGUCUGUGACAGACCCUGAUUUUUUACGCGUCAAUCCAUCUCGAAUGUACUGAGAUGAGGUUUCACUGAGACGUCCUCCUCGAGUAAAUUUGACCCUGGGUGGUGUAUCUUAUUGAAUUUCCGAACAAUCAGUUAGCAUCGCACUCGUCGACGAGAUGAGAACGGCUGAAGAGUUACUUAAUGUACACAUAGUGCGAUGUUUGCGCUGCGCUUCUCAGCGAGAUUAGGUUCCAGAGACCUCGUGAUCCUGGACGGUAUCUCGAAUGGGCGAGCGCGAGGCAGGAAGUAUAUAUAUACAUACAUACAUAAAGAGAUUUAUAUCGCGUGAGUUUUACAUGCACGCGCGUGUGCGUAAAUACUCACCCUUACAUGUCCGAGUGCUAGCGAAAUGACUGGAUGCUGCGUGCGAUUCUGUAUUGAACUUUAGCGUGUGAUAGUUGAUACUAAUCACGUUAUCGUUUUUUCGUUUCACGUCACCGUCGGACUUCCAAGAGGUUCGCGCGUUCUAUCGUGAUGCUUGUUACAUGUCAACGCAAUUUCGACGAACACGUAACGUUAAGCGUUAAGAGGAGGAGAGUUGCACCCCAAAUUGUGAUCGAUGCUGAUCCCUUCCCUCGAAUCACAAUCAAGCCUGUGAUAAGGAAGAGAUUGAAUCUGCAAAUAAUUUCUGCGUUUAUUACUCUAGUAUCAUUGUACCGUUUGCGUAUUGAAAAUAUUGCGUCUAGAAAAAAACAUUAGCUCGCGUAUUUUAUAUCGCAAACCUACGAUUCUCCGGUGAUAAACUCAGAGAUGAGCCACGAUCGGGUAAUUUUCGGUGCAACUCGUUUAAGAUUACUCACAAAACGACGUACAAUAUAUCUGAUUUGUUAAGGCAUCGUAAAUAUCCGAUUUUUGUAACGCACGAUUCAUUUUGCAUCGUAGAUAAUCAUCCGUUGUUGAUAAUUAGGAUGAACUACCAGACACGUUAGUGCGAUCUGACGGUGAAUCUUCUUAAUAACCGAUUCCCGCAAUACAUCGCAAGUGCUAGCAUUUUCGACAUUCAAUAGAUGAUCACUUGCACUUGAAUAACGCUCGAUUAGGAAGAUUCACUGUGCAAUCACUCGUAAACUUCCGAUCCCCGUUGACAACACAGAAUAAAUACAGUAAGCUCUAGGCCGUGUGUAUGUAAGAAUAGUGAUAACGACACUAAAAAUGAUAAUGAGGAUGGCAGUGUCCGGCGACGAUGGUGAUAGUAAUAAUGAUAGCCUAUACAUACAUUUGUGAAUAGAUAUUUAAUAAUUUAUUGUUAACUAGAGUAUUUUACUUGGACUAUACUUCACUCUGAACGGGGUUUUGGGUACAAUAAUCUUUUCUUACGGCAGUGGCGGCGCUUACAGUUUGUUUAUUUGAGUGAUGAUGAUGAAGAUAAUAAUGAUGACGAUGAUGAUGAUGAUGAUGAGAGAAAGAGAGCGAGAGAGAGAGAGAGAGAGAGAGAGGGAGAGAAAGAGAACUAAACCUAAACCUUUAGCUUUACUCGCCUGACUCUUUGUACGAUGAAGCGAGAGCUACGCGCCACACAACACAGAAGAAAUAUAUAAAUAUAUAUAUCGUUGGAGAAGAAAUAUGUCAUAUAGAGUUUUGUCGGAUGCAAACUAUACCUGUAAAUACAGUACACAGUCUAGUGAACGGGGUUUUACUUUUAACAGCUUUACGUGAUUAUUUACUUUGUCAUGAUCAGUGAAAUAAAUAAAUAUUGAUAAUACGU